AUGGAUGCAAAGAAAGAUGCCCUCCUUGGGGGGGAUGGGGGGAAGUCCGACACCCUUGGGUCGAGCGGCUCGGCCAGAAAGAGAGGAGGGGGGGCCAAGAAGGCGAUGCAGGCGAACAAGUCCGCCCUCAGGGCCCCCCGAGCCCUCUGCUGCCUCACCCUCAGCAACCCCAUCCGCAUGGCAGCGCUGGCCCUGCCUUUCGAUAUUUUCAUCCUGCUCGCCAUUUUUGCCAACUGCGUGGCCAUGGGUGUCACGAAGCCGUACCCAGAUGACGACUCCAACGCCACCAAUCACCAGCUGACACUUCAAUCUCGCCAAAACGUGUGUAAACCUGGCCUUUUCUUUCAGGAACAAGUUGAGUACGUCUUCCUCGUCAUCUUCACCAUCGAGACCUUCACUAAAAUCCUUGCCUACGGCCUGGUCAUGCACCCCAGCGCCUACAUACGCAGCGGGUGGAACUUGCUCGACUUCGUCAUCGUCAUCGUCGGGUUGUUCAGCGUGAUGGCGGAGGGCAUGACCGAUCACAAGCCGGGAGAGGCCCACCACGCCGCGGGGAAGCCCGGAGGCCUGGACGUCAAAGCCCUGCGGGCGUUCAGGGUGCUGCGGCCCCUCCGCCUCGUGUCCGGAGUACCGAGUUUGCAGAUCGUGUUGAACUCCAUCAUGAAAGCCAUGGUGCCCCUCCUGCACAUCGGCAUGUUGGUCAUGUUCGUCAUCAUCAUCUACGCCAUCAUCGGCUUGGAGCUCUUCAUCGGGCGGAUGCACAAAACGUGCUACUCCAGCGCCACAGGUCUCAUGAUAGAAGACGACCCGUCGCCCUGCGCGUUCGCCGGCAGCGGGCGCUUCUGCGUUGGCAACGGGACCGAGUGCCGCGGCAAGUGGGAAGGCCCGAACGGCGGCAUCACCAACUUUGACAACGUCUUCUUCGCCAUGCUGACGGUUUUCCAGUGCAUCACCAUGGAGGGUUGGACAGACGUCCUCUACUGGAUGAACGACGCCAUCGGCUUCGAGAUUCCGUGGGUCUACUUUGUUUCUCUGGUCAUCUUUGGAUCCUUCUUCAUCAUCAACCUCGUGUUGGGUGUGUUGAGCGGCGAGUUCUCCAAGGAGAGAGAAAAGGCCGUCGCGCGCGGCGAGCUGCAGCAGGCGCAGGAGAGCAAGCAGAUGGAGGAGGACAUGAUAGGCUACAUGGACUGGCUCAUAGAGGCCGAGGACGUGGACGAAGAAGGGAACAAACGUGCUGCGAUCGCAAAGAAGAAGAUGAUGAAGAAGUUUGGCUGGUACAAACACAACGAGGACGGCGGAGCGGAGUCCGACUCGGACGACGACAUCGCGUACCUCGACGAUGACAGUGGCUUCUGUGCGUCUCUCAUGGCAAAGAUGAUGGCGAAUAGCUUCUGUGACCAAUUGUGCCAGCUGAAUCACACGUUCAGGAAGAACUGCCGCGUGGCCGCCAAGACCAACAACUUCUACUGGCUGGUGCUUCUGCUGGUGUUCCUCAACACGGUGGCCAGUGCCUCGGAGCACUACGGACAGCCCAGCUGGCUCACGGAAAUGCAAGAGCGAGCCAACAAGAUCCUGCUGCUGCUGUUCACCCUGGAGAUGCUGAUGAAGAUGUACGCCUUCGGCCUGCAGAUCUACUUCCACGCGCUGUUCAACCGCUUCGACUGCUUCGUGGUGUGCGGCGGCAUCCUCGAAACGCUGCUGGUGGAGCUGCAGUUCAUUCCGCCCAUCGGCAUCUCCGUGCUGCGCUGCAUCCGACUGCUCAGGAUAUUCAAGAUGACCCGCCACUGGGCCGCUCUGUCCGACCUGGUCAACUCGCUGCUGAACUCCAUGAAAGCCAUCUGCUCCCUCCUGCUGCUGCUCUUCCUCUUCCUCAUCAUCUUCGCCCUGCUCGGCAUGCAGUUAUUCGGAGGGAAAUUCAACUUUGACGAGACCCAGAUGAAGAGAAGUACUUUCGACUCUUUCCCUCAGGCUCUGCUCACUUGUUUUCAGAUCCUCACCGGAGAGGACUGGAACGCUGUGAUGUACGACGGCAUCAUGGCCUACGGGGGGCCGAUCUUUCCCAACAUGGUGGUUUGCAUCUACUUCGUCAUCCUCUUCGUCUGCGGCAACUGAAUCCUUUCUCGGUACAUCCUGCUCAAUGUCUUCUUGGCCAUCGCCGUGGACAACUUGGCGGGAGGAGGCGGAAAGACCGUAGUCGAGGAGAAGAAGGAAGAUGAUGACGAAUGGGACGAGGACAAUGAAAAAGAGGAUGAAGACGCGGCGAACGAGGAGGACGACUGGCAGGAGAACGAGGAGCUGAGGGUCAUCGAGGGUCUGGAGGGAGUCGCUCCGCUGAAGCCCGAGUUCUCUGGGCCCAAAGAGAAGAUCAUCCCAAUCCCCGAGGGGAGCUCCUUCUUCAUUCUGGGAAAGAAAAACUGUUUGCGAGUCGCCUGCCACAACCUCAUCCAUCACCCCUACUUCACCAACUUCAUCCUCGUCUUCAUCAUCCUCAGCAGUAUUUCCCUGGCUGCCGAGGAUCCCAUCAAAUCCCACUCGUUCAGGAACAUAGUGCUCGGCUAUGCAGAUUACGUUUUCACUUCCGUCUUCACGGUGGAGAUCGUGCUGAAGAUGACGGUCUACGGGGCCUUCCUGCACUCCGGCUCCUUCUGCAGGAACGCUUUCAACCUGCUGGACCUGGUGGUGGUCGGCGUGUCCCUCAUAUCUUUCUUCCUGCAUUCAAGUGCGAUCUCUGUGGUGAAGAUUCUCAGAGUGCUGCGAGUGCUCAGGCCUCUUCGUGCCAUUAACAGAGCCAAAGGACUAAAGAAUGUGGUGCAGUGUGUGUUCGUGGCCAUCCGCACCAUCGGCAACAUCCUGAUCGUCACAACGCUGCUUCAGUUCAUGUUCGCUUGUAUUGGAGUGCAGCUCUUCAAGGGCCGAUUCUACAGCUGCACAGAUGAAGCCAAACACGACCCUGUGGAGUGCAGGGGAACGUUUGUGGUCUAUAAAGACGGGGACAUGAACCACCCCAUGGUGAGGGAGAGGAUUUGGGAAAACAGUGAUUUCAACUUUGACAACGUGCUGAUGGGCAUGCUGGCUCUGUUCACUGUGUCCACAUUUGAAGGAUGGCCACAGCUCCUCUAUCGGUCCGUGGACGCCAACGCCAUCAACCGAGGGCCCAUUUACAACUACCGAGUCGAAAUCUCCAUCUUUUUCAUCAUCUACAUCAUCAUCAUUGCCUUCUUCAUGAUGAACAUAUUUGUGGGUUUCGUCAUCAUCACAUUUCGAGAGCAAGGAGAGGCUGAAUUCAAAAACUGUGAACUCAACAAAAAUCAACGGCAGUGUGUGUACUACGCUCUGAAAGCCCAACCCAUAAAGAUCUACAUCCCCAAAAACCCGUCGCAGCUCAAAUUCUGGAAAAUCAUCAAUUCCAGCCAGUUUGAAUACAUCAUGUUCGUGCUGAUUCUGGGGAACACGCUGACUCUGGCCGUUCAGCACUACGAGCAGUCCAAAGGAUUCACCUCCAUCAUGGACAUCCUCAACAUGAUCUUCACCGUGGUCUUCACCAUCGAGAUGAUCAUAAAGCUCCUGGCUCUGCGGGUUCAUCACUAUUUCAUCGAUCCGUGGAAUUCUUUUGACGCAUUGAUCGUCGUGGGCAGCGUGUUGGACAUCGCCGUCUCCGAGUUGAGCGGAGGAGGGGGCCACGGUGAGGGUCCCGGUAAAGGAGAGAGCGGGAAGGUCUCCAUCACAUUCUUCCGUUUGUUCCGAGUCUUGAGGUUGGUGAAGCUGCUCAGCAAGGGAGAGGGCAUCCGAACGCUCCUCUGGACCUUCGUCAAAUCGCUGCAGGCUCUGCCGUACGUCGGCCUGCUCAUCGCCAUGAUCUUCUUCAUCUACGCUGUGAUCGGCAUGCAGACAUUUGGCAAAGUGGCCAUCGACGACGACACGCACAUCAACAGGAACUGCAACUUCCAGACGUUCUUCAUGGCCGUCCUGGUGCUCUUCAGGUGUGCCACCGGAGAGCAGUGGCAGGAGAUCAUGCUGGCAGCGCUGCCCGGCAGACGCUGCGACCCGGAAGCCGACACUGAGCCCGGCGAGGAGUUCAACUGCGGCAGCAACCUGUCCUACAUCUACUUCAUCAGCUUCUUCAUGCUGUGCGCUUACCUGAUCAUCAACUUGUUCAUUGCCGUCAUCAUGGACAACUUUGAAUACCUGACGCGGGACUGGACCGUGCUCGGCACCCACCACCUGGACGAGUUCAAGAGAGUUUGGUCCGACUACGACCCGGAGGCCACCGGCCGCAUAAAGCACAUCGACGUGGUCACUAUGCUGAGAAGGAUCCAGCCGCCUCUCGGUUUCGGCAAACUGUGCCCUCACCGCGUCGCCUGCAAGAGACUCGUGGCCAUGAACGUCCCGCUGCACUCCGACGGGACGGUCACCUUCAGCGCCACCCUGUUUGCCCUCGUGCGGACCUCCCUCAAGAUCAAGACUGAAGGCCCGAUCGACAAGCAGAACGAGGAGCUGAAGCUGAUCAUCAAGAAGCUGUGGAAGCGCACCAGGCCCAAACUCAUUGAUGAAGUCAUUCCUCCCCCUAGAGGGGAGGAAGUGACUUGUGGGAAGUUCUAUGCGAGCUUCCUGAUUCAGGAUUAUUUUAAAAAGUACCGCAAGAGGAAGGAGAGAGAGAGGAAAUCCAAAAGGAAGGACAGGGCGGCUUCUCUGCAGCUCGGGCUGCGCACGCUGCAGGAUCUGGCUCCGGAGAUGCGUCUGGCCAUGGCCUGUGACCUCGAAGAAGAGGAGGGCGUGGAAGGCGAGGCGGGCGGCGACGACUUGUUCCAUAGCGAGCCGGGAGCCUCCCUGAACGUCCCGCUCGCCGGCAGCGCGCUGUCGCCCAUAAACAAGCUGGUGGAGCAGGUAACCGUGCUCAUGGAGAACGAGUCCAAGAAGGUGGUCACGGAGCAGGUGGUGGGCCUGCAGGUGCACCAGAGGCCGGGGUCCGAGCUGGCGGGAGUGAGCGUAGUGACGGAGCAGCCUCUGAGGUCCGAAGCCCUGCCCCUCAGGGAGGAACCCAUAGAUGAGUUGCCUCCUCCUCCUCCUUCUCCUCCUCCUCCUCCUCCUCCUCCUCCCCCGGACAUCGCACCGGAUGUAGUGGAAGAACCAGCUGUGCUGGCUGCAACCGUGGAGGAGCAGGUUUGUUGCAUGGUGGAGGACGCUGCUGGUGGAGCACCUAUAAAUGGGUACGUGCACCCAGAAGCCGCGUCUCCUGCACCAGCCGAGACGGGCAUCAACGAACCGGGCCUGGAGCGCGCCGUUAGCGCCGAGGAGGUACCGCAUGACACGCGUGACGCCAAUGGCUACGACGUCACCGGGUACAACGGCGGCAACAUGAAUGGAGAGAGUGUCGCUGAGAGCCCCACGCCGUACACCUCAAACGGAUACGACGGGUACGCGGGCGACAUUGAGAGCGGCAGCAUCGUCAGCGCCAACGGCAACGGGAGCGCGAUGAAUGGAAGCGGCAGGACUUUCGGGGGUUACGCUGGGAACGGCUACAGUGGAGGCGAGAAUGGCACCCAGUUCGUCAGGAGGCGGCUGCUUCCUCUCAUACCACAAGGCCGAAAGCCGUCCUUUAACCUUCAGUGUCUGAGGCCACAGAGCAGUGUGGACAACCUCCCCAUCCCGGGGACCUUCCGCGGGACCGCACCCCCACUGAGAUCCCAUAUACACAACCAGCACAGCCUGGACUCGCGGCCCGGCGGCGCGUCCUCGGCCUCCUGGGUGAACGCGACAGCAGCCGGCGCCGGCCACCUCCCCGGAGUGAUCCCCCCCUCGGGGCGCCGGGGCAAGCUCGUCUACAGCCCCAUGAUCCUGGUGGACGAAGCCACGGGCAGCAGCCAGCCGCUGUGGAGCGACGGCUCGGCCAGCCUCCCGGCGGGCGGCAGGGCCCCCGGCUGGUACCCGGGUCAGACCCGGACCUUCACCAGCAUGAGGAUGCCGCCGGUCGGACAGGGCUUCGUGGACAAAGGCAGCGCGGACAGCCUGGUGGAGUCGAUCCUGAUCUCCGAGGGCCUCGGCGUCUACGCCAGGGACCCGAAGUUUGUGAGCUUCGCCAAACGGGAGAUCGCCGAGGCCUGUCACAUGAGUCUGGACGACAUGGAGAGCGCGGCCACCGACCUCAUAGCUCGCGGGGCCAGUCAGUCGAUGGCCCGCUUUGAGGAGGAGCUGGCUGAUGAGAUGAACUGCGUGAUUUCUUACUGAGAUCACAAAAACUGAGGAGGAAUAAAAAAUAAAACUUUGAGAAAAGUGAGUGUUUAAGAUAGAAAAAAAAAAGUUGAAAGUGGACGGAAUAGUGUAAGAAUGAUGUGAUACAAAAGGGACAGUUUUGUGUGCUUUGUUAUACAACGGUUAAUAUUGUCCUGGGAAGAUAUACAUAAACUUUUGUAAAUGCCAAAACACACACGCACACAGUAUCACACACACACAUGAUGACAUUAUGAUGACAUGUCAGGAUGUGGCAGGACGCACAACUAAUCCUACAAACACAAAGCCGUGUUUUACAGAGUCCACUGUCAGAAAACUAUGACUCUUACCAUCAUUAUGAUAUGGGAUCAUUUUUUGCAUUAUAUUCUCAUUUUGUACUGAACUUGAAUUAUUCUUACUUUGUACACAUUUAUGAACUGUGAAAAAAACAAAAAGGGAACUAUUAGAUUAAUAACGUUUUGUUACACAAAUAUACAUGUGAGUGCGCAACGACUUGCUAUUUUUGAGAAAUAUUUGAAUCAACUGAAUUAGGAAUAUUCUCUAACAUUCAAUAUAAAAUCUCAUUGUAAAGUUUUGAUU